UGGUAUACAUACAUAUAUAUGUAUAUGUAUGUAUGAAGAUAAAGCUCAUGAGGAACUGAUCAAGAACACGAGUUUUUUUUUUUUUCUGAUAAUGUCUCUUCCCAUCUCCAUUUCAUUCGUAACCUUGUUUCUUGUGGUUUCUUCUGUUCAUGCUCAAGACCAAUCCGGUUUUGUCAGUAUAGAUUGCGGAAUACCCGAUGGCUCGAGCUAUAACGACGAGAAAACCGACAUAAAGUACGUUUCGGAUUCAGGGUUUGUCGAGUCUGGAACAAGCAAGAACAUUUCGGUUCAGUUUCGGGCGAGCAAUGUCGAGAGACAGUUCUACAGUGUCAGAUCUUUCCCCGAAGGUAAGCGGAACUGUUACGACGUUCAGCCUCCGCGAGGGAAAGGAUUCAAGUACUUGAUCCGUACCCGUUUCAUGUACGGAAACUACGACGGUUUGGGAAUAUCUCCCGAGUUCGAUCUGUAUCUCGGAGUCAAUCUAUGGGAUUCUGUCGUUUUGGACAACGUGACUUCUGUAGUAACCAAGGAGAUAAUCUACACUCUUGGUUCAGACAAUGUUUAUAUAUGUCUCGUUGAUAAAGGCAAAGGAACGCCAUUUCUGUCUGUGUUGGAGCUCAGGCUCUUGAAGAACAAUACGUAUGCGACUCCUUAUCAAGCCCUAAUGCUGUCUCGGAGAUUGGAUUUGGGUGCAAUCGGCGAUGUUCCCGUCAGGUACAAAGACGACGUGUAUGAUCGUAUAUGGAUGCCGUCGAGGUUUUCGAAUCAUAGAGUCUUGAAUACAUCGCUCGUUAUAGAUCCGAACAACAAUAACGGGUUCCAGCCCGCUCGGGUUAUAAUGAGCACUGCAACUACACCGCUUAACGCCAGUCAGGACAUCGGUCUCUACUGGGAACCUGAAGAUCCAAAGUGGAAGUUCUACGUGUAUAUGCACUUUGCUGAAGUCGAAGAACUUCCAAGAAACGAAACCCGAGAAUUCAGGAUCUUUUUGGGUGAAACCCCGUUAAUGGUUAACGAUACAUUCACUCCAAGGUAUCUGUAUACCGAUACGCUUUUCACCGAGAAACCCGUGAGUGGAGAAAGCAUCGAGUUUUACCUCAGAAGAACCGAUAAAUCAACUCUUCCUCCCAUCAUUAACGCUAUCGAGAGAUAUCAGGUGAACGAGUUCCUUCAGUUAUCGACUGAUCAGCAAGAUGUUGAUGCCGUUAUGAAGAUCAAGUCCAAGUAUGGAGUGAAGAAGAGUUGGAUGGGAGAUCCAUGUGCUCCAGUGAACUAUCCGUGGGACGGAAUUAACUGUAGCUACUCGGAUAACGAACCUCCGAGGAUCAUUUCACUGGAUCUAUUUUACAGUGGACUCACCGGAGAAAUAGAUUCCGCCUUCUCGAACCUGACAACGAUCACAAAACUGGAUUUAUCGAACAAUAGUUUAACCGGAAAGGUUCCGGAUUUCCUCGCGGAUUUAACGAACCUGAAAGAGUUAAACCUUGAAGGAAACAAGUUGACAGGCUCGAUUCCACUGAAGCUACAAGAAAGAUCAAACGAUGGAUCGUUAUUGUUAAGAAUCAGUGGAAAUCCGGACCUUUGUGCGGAUGCUUCAUGUCAAAAGGCGAAGAAGAAGAGGAAAAACGUAUACGUAAUCCCGUUAGUAGCAUCCAUUGCAGGACUUCUCGUACUUUUCGCCGCCUUAUUUCUCUGGUGGGUUUUCAAGAAACGAUUACCAAGAGGCGAGAAUGGCGGCGUCAAGACAGGGCCACUAGACACAACAAGGCGAUACUACAAAUUCUCGGAAGUCAUGAAACUAACUAACAACUUCGAGCGAAUUCUCGGAGAAGGAGGUUUCGGGAAAGUGUACCACGGAGUGUUAGAUGGCAAUGAAGUUGCUGUUAAGGUUCUGUCUCAAAAGUCGACUCAAGGGUACAAAGAGUUCCGAGCCGAGGUCGAGCUUCUCCUGAGGGUUCAUCACAGGAACUUAACCUCUCUUAUAGGUUACUGCAAUGAAGGCAAUCAUAUGGCGCUUAUCUAUGAAUUCAUGGCUAAUGGCACCUUAGGCGACUACUUGUCAGGUAUAAAGCAACAUAUCUUGAGCUGGGAAGAGAGGUUGCGGAUAUCACUAGACGCGGCACAAGGGCUCGAGUAUCUCCACGACGGAUGUAAGCCUCCGAUAGUCCACAGAGAUGUGAAGCCGGCAAACAUCUUACUGAACGGAAAACUCCAGGCAAAGAUUGCCGACUUUGGCUUAUCUAGAAGUUUCCCAUUGGAAGGUGGCACCCAAGUAGCGACCGUUGUUGCGGGAACUAUCGGCUACUUAGAUCCCGAGUACCACGCGACACAACAACUGAGCGAGAAGAGUGAUGUUUACAGCUUCGGGGUGGUUCUACUGGAAGUGGUCACUGGGCAAAGGGUGAUUUCGCGUUCGAGAAACGAGAGCACACACAUAAGUGAUCGAGUCGGGUCAAUGCUAGCGAAAGGGGACAUCAGAAGCAUCGUCGAUCCGCGUCUAGGAGACGGGUUCGAAGCCAGCUCGGCAUGGAAGAUCAUAGAAAUAGCUUUGGCCUCGGCGUCUCAGAGUUCGAAGCAAAGGCCGACAAUGAGUCAGGUCGUGAUGGUGCUCAAAGAGAGUGUAGGCAAAAUGUCAGGUCACAAGAACAAAGGGACUGAUGGAAGGGAACCUACCAAGAUGAUGUCGAUGAAUCUGGACUCGGUAAUGGCUCCUCAGCCAAGGUAAGUUUAUCUUAUAUUACUCUGAAAAAAAAAACAGAGAGAAUUUCAUGUGUGAUUGAAUAAAAUGUAGUGAUGAAGAACAAUCUCCAAUCUGUUUGUUUUGUAACAUUAACAUAUCGAAUUGAAAUGUGUUGUUGAAGCUGGAA